UAAUUCUACUACACGUUUUUGAGUAAUAACUAUCAUUGAUUUUGAGUAAUAACUAUAUUAAUUACUAUAAUUUUGUAAGCACCAUGCGCGAAUAAAAUUUUAGAACAGUGGAAAAUGUGCAUGUCGAAUCGAUUGCUCACUUGAUAAUUUACUACAAUUGUAUGAGCAUCCGUGCACAUUGCAUGACGAAUGUAUUAUAUAGUAAUUUCAUCACAGAUCAUAGAUUCCAUGAAAUUGUUGUCAAAAGUUAUUCAUUCGUUCGUUAUAUAAUAGGUUUAAGUCUGUUUUUUCCGUUAUAAUAGCUUUAGGUCUGUUUUUUUCCGUGAUUGCGUAAUAUUACGUUUUCUGCUAUUGAUACAUGUAUAUAUAAUUAAGCAUUGGAGAGAAAAAGAGAGAAGAUGAAAACACUAAGAGAUCUUUAAUAAUACAUGGAGCGUACGUGUUUACAUCGAUGGCCGUUUCGAGAUAAGUGUCGAGUGAUUCGGUAACGUUAUAGAGUGCGUUACGUUGAUAGCAUACAGUUUCGUGUAGUAAAUAAGACUCGGAAACGGUGCAAAGGUAUAAAAUACUGGAAAUUUCGCGCUACGAUCUCAGUAUAAAGUGUGGCCUGUAGUUGGACGUGUAAGAUACGUAGACGUAAUCAGGAGCCUUUAAACUAUUGGACUGCUGACUACAACAGACUGCAAAGAUGCAGAUGAUGACUAUCUUGCCACUGCACGAGCUGUUGCACGUAUUGGCCUGGUUGGAGGGCAUAUGGGUAACGGAUGACGUCGCAGAGGCCUCGUACCCGACCAUGCAGCCCUUUCACUACUAUGACAUGAUAAACAUCACAUCCAUCGGUCAGCCGUUGUUCAACUAUGUCGCGCAGAGCUGGCAUCCGUUAACGGGGAUACCGCUGCAUCGGGAGACCGGCUUCCUGCAGAUCUUACCAGAAAGCAAAAAAGUCGCCAUUAGUCUGAUUGACAACUUAGGAAUCUUCACUGUCGAGGAGGGUGAUCUGAUGAACGACGACAACGGUACCAUCGAUGUGAGAAGCACCAAUGUACUGAUGACGGACGCCUUUAUGCCGUCUUUUUCUCCUGUAACAGAGACACGUCGAGUAUACAAACGUGACGGCGACAACUUGGAGCUCAUCUUCUACAUGGCGACGUCGAAGACACCUGAGUUGACGGAACAUUUGCGUGCAAAACACGACGUCUGUAUAAAUCGGUUGCGUAUGAGGUACAUACAAUAUCUGGAGGAGCAGCGCACGAGGGAUGAGAGGAAUCACAAGCUUCUCGCGGCGUUGGACAGAGUUAUGAACAAGCUUGCACUGAUAAGCGCGAAAAAAGACAGACUCAAUGUUCUCAGAAAACAGUACGAAGCUUAUCUACUUCGCGCUUACGCCAAUCACCGGCCACCCGGUAGCGUCACCGGAGAUAGCGGCAUCGCUAGCCAGAAUGAAGAUAAAUACCCGAAGAAGACUGUCACGAUGGCACAUCCUGAUUUAACGAGAAGCGUUUCGUCACCGAGAGUGCAUCCGGGGGCGCCUGAUCCUCAGUCGAGUCAAUCAAGAUUUACCUUCGCGUCCAAGUUCCACGAUCAGAUUACUGUAGACGCCUCGUUAAAUAAUCCUCCUCCGAUCUUGACGGCUGCGCCAUCAGGUGCAACCCUCGAUGUCGAUCAUCGUCAGACGAGUGCUCUACGCGAACCGCAUGUUUAUGCUCCCGUGCCGAACGCUCAUCAAUAUCCGCGGAUGAUGCCAUCCAAUUACAUCGGAAGUGCGCCUCGUAAUCUUCAGCAUGUCCCGGACAUUCGCGUUUCAUAUGCGGAAGCGCCGGUCCCGUCAAUGGCACCUUCGGAUAACAUGCAGCACCAUGCUGUCCCUGCUAACCGAUUCUUCAGGGAGCACGUGGAAUCAGCACAAGCCGCGUCCGGUCUCUCGGCGACCGCGCGGUCUCCCGCUGGAGAUACCGCGCGAUAUGAAGAGACGUCACGAAACCUGCCUGCUCCACGUCAAUUCGACCCCUUAACAUUACUUCAGUAUCACAACGCCAAUGUAUUGCUGUCCGAUCCGCGAUUACAGGGAAGAGAGUACGAUCCGUCCGAUACCGCGGCCAUGGGUCCGACUUUGGUGGCCGGGAAUACGUAUCGAACGGGAUCUGACGUAAAUGUCGCUAAUCAAGUCGGCCCGCUGCCGGGAUACAUGGACUACAUUCUGGCGAGUUCGCAGAGGUCCGACGACGAGGGAUCCAUUCGUUCCAUCACCAGCGACGACCUGGACGGUCUGAUAAGACGAAAUGAACGUUUUCUGUGGGGCAAAGCGGAUGUUGCCAAGACACCGCACCGAUCGCCGAUCGCUUCGGGAGUAGACAGCGCUAAUCUAAACGAGGACGACAUGACGGCGAUAGUGGAGAACGAACUGGAUCGAUAUAUCAGCAACAUUCGAAAACUCCAUCGAGAGCAUGGCGUGCAGAGCUUGGACGAGCUGGACCACGAGCAGAACACCAGCGGCGACUUGUUGAACGUCUCCCUGUCGGAGGACGCACUGGAGCUUCCGGCCGAGGACCGGGCGAGGAAGGAGCAGCGGGUGCCCGAGGAAAUGGGCAAGAUCCUAGCACUGGCUAGCGAUCUCGCGUCCAGGACGGCGAAUCUGAAGGAAGUUACGCGAGAUUCAGCCGGGCAGAACGGCGGCGGUAGCUCACCCACGGAAGUCGAGGACGGAAUUAGACGUCGCGAGAUUGCGAGAGGCGACGCGUCGGAGUUUAAAGGGAAACGCGAGGCUGAAGGACGCGCGACAUUGGCGAGAAACGAAAUUAGAGAUGACGUUGCGACACACUCAGCGAAAUUAGAGCAGGAGAUUGCGCGCGGAGACGCGGAGAUUGCAAAAGAGAGCUGGAAUAACGCGGACGAGUCGCGAGAGCGCGAUCGAAAAAUAUCUACUUCGAAGGAAAACAAGGCGAACGAGGAAAUAGCCACGAGUGACGAAUUACGAAUCGAUGAUCCGAGAAAUGCGCUAAAGGAAAAAGGAUUCGAUCUUGUAACUGGUGAAGAGUCGAACAUCGAAGGUCUGUUCGAUGCCACCGAGGAACUGGCACCGUGGGAUCUCGCGAGUGUGCAGAAAAAGGUUCGCGAGUUACGUUUAGACGAUUCUGAUGGAGACCGAGCGGUGGAAAAAAGUGUCGAAGAGGAGAUCGCGAACUCGCGUGAUUUUCCACGAUUCGAGCAAAGCGGCGUGAAUGGCGAAGCGGAGAAUGCGCGUCCUUCGCAGGAUACGCUUCCUCGCUCGAAAGUGGAAAGGAAAGGGUUGGACGCGACCGAGGUGAGCGAGAUCGAGGGACAAAACGAAACACAUGGACCUAUCGAGGAUGUUGAAAACGUGCCUUCCACAGUUUCGAGUCAACAGUCAGCCGGUGAAGCUAAGGUCGCGUCGCAGCCAGGUGAGGAACCUGGCGAACCUGGCAGAAGUGACGGAAGAAAACAGGAUAACGUCGAGACGACGGAGCUUCGAGUCGACGAACAAUUCGAAGGCGUGGUAAAAGACAGCGACUACAGUGUCGAGCAAGGCUAUGUCGAAAAUCCGAGCCAAACGCAGCAGUAUGAGCAACAAGAUCCAAAUCAGCAAUAUUACGACCCAAAUAUGCAGUACGAAGCUGGUAACGAGGAGUACGAGAGGUAUGCUGAUCAAGGAUACGCUCAAGAAGGCCAGGAAUACGUCGAGUACGUGGAAGGUCAGUACGAAGGACAGUACCCUGAGGGUCUCAACAAUCAACAGUACCAAGACUACCCUGACGCGCAGUACGAGCAGGAUCCGAAUCAGACGUACGAUUACGGCUACGACCCCAAUCAGGGAUACGCCGAAGAUCCCAGCCAGCAAUAUGACCCUAAUCAAGAAUACGAGAACAAUCCUGACAAUCAGGCGUACGAUUACACCGAGCAACUUCCCUACGAUCCCAAUCAGACGUAUGAUAAUGCGUACGAACAGGAGUACAAGGAGGAACAGCGCAAUCCCGACGGUGAUGUUGAGACUCGCGCGGAGAAGCCGGAGGCGGAAGAACCCUCGCAGAGACAGGCGGAUCCGGAGUCGGAACACAAAUCGGACGGUGACGCGGAUAAAUCGCAGCAGGCGGAAGCCGUGAACGAGGCGAAUCAGUCGAAAAAGAAGAAGGACGUGAUCAAGUCCCUGCUGGAUUCAGACACGGACACAACGAUUGAACGGAAUGUUUCGAACACGGAGACGAGCACUCAAGGUGACAAACGCAUUUGCAGAAUUAUGGAAGACGUGAUGGCCAUGAACGGCGUGAAGGAGGUGAACGGUGACGCGGACAGGCUCUAUUACGAAUUGGACGGCGAGGGCGAUGCCGAUAGCUCGACAACUCCGAGUCACAACGUGGAUCAUCGCGAUCGUAGCGAGAGCCCAGUCUUCGGUAUCGAGGGCGGUGGCAACGGUGCAGGCGGUAGCAGUGGCUUGAGACUUGCAUCUCACGAGCUGCCGAAUGAGAUUUCAGCACCCUACGAAGUACCUCAAUUCCCGAUCGAGCAGAUCGAGAAGAAGCUCCUGAUUCAACGACAACUGACUGUCAAAGCUGCAAAAGAUCUUGAGGAACGUCGCAGUCAUUACGAGCCGUCGCUCCAUCCAGGAGUUCCUGAUGACAUCGAUCAUAGUUUCAAGAUCGAAGAAAAUGAUUUCGUACCUCAUUUUCAACGGGUCUCCAUAUCCGGCGAGGACACUUCCGGAGUACCUCUGGAAGAUCUUCAAAGGGCCUCCAAGAUGCUGGUGCAAGCGUUGGCGAUGCGCGAGAAAUACAUGAACAACUCCAAACAGAGCUUCCCCACUAUUCCUUCUAGGUUCUUGCGCAGUAUCGAUAAAAGACCACUCACCACAGACGACGAAGUUCACCACGAUGAUCGCAAGGCCAUCGAAGGAAAAGAGCUGCUGGAUAUUGUGAAAGAAAUCGGGGGCACUCAAUCCGACGCGGACAUCGACGCGCUGAUCAAAGACGUCUCUCGGACAGAUCACCCGGUACAUGCACCUGCUUCCCGGGGCGAUCCGUGGGAAUGCGAAUUUCCACCGACAAAGAAUUACAAGAUCGUACCGGUCAACGGCGUGUUCAACCUGUUCGCCAAUGAGGAGGACCUGGCUAACGGCAAGCCGGUCCCGUAUUCGUAUCCGGACCUGGCAGCCUUCGUCCAGGACAUGAACCUUCUGUGCGCCAUGAUCGCCGACGGGCCCUUGAAAUCCUUCUGUUACCGAAGAUUGAGUUAUCUUUCCUCCAAGUAUCAGUUACAUGUGCUGCUGAACGAGCUCAGAGAGCUAGCGAGUCAGAAGGCCGUGCCGCACCGGGACUUCUAUAACAUCAGGAAGGUCGAUACUCACAUACAUGCGGCUUCAUGCAUGAAUCAAAAGCACCUGCUUAGAUUCAUCAAGAAAACGUUGAAGAAUCACGCCGAUGAAGUGGUCACUUGUUCCAAAACCGGUGAGACCAUGACACUCCGCGAAGUUUUUCAAUCCAUGAAUCUGACGACUUACGAUCUGAGCGUCGACAUGUUGGACGUGCAUGCAGACAGAAACACGUUUCACAGAUUCGACAAGUUCAACGCGAAGUACAAUCCUAUCGGUGAAAGCCGCUUGCGCGAAGUUUUUCUCAAGACCGAUAACUAUCUGAACGGUUCAUAUUUUGCGCGUAUAAUCAAGGAGGUCGCAAGCGACCUCGAGGAGUCCAAAUAUCAGAACGCGGAGCUGCGUCUUUCGAUUUAUGGCAAGAAUCCAGAAGAAUGGGAUAAACUAGCUAAGUGGGCGAUUCAGGGUGACGUGUAUUCGGACAACGUACGCUGGCUCAUACAGAUUCCUAGAUUAUACGAUAUCUUUAAGCUGAACAAACUCAUGACGAACUUCCAAGAGAUUAUUAACAACAUCUUCCUGCCGCUCUUCGAAGUAACCAACGAUCCCAAUUCUCAUCCGGAGCUGCAUAAAUUUCUCCAAUACGUAAUAGGUUUCGAUUCCGUGGACGAUGAAAGUAAGCCUGAAAAUCCUCUCUUCGAUAAAGACGUUUGUCCACCCGCUGAAUGGGACGACAUAGAGAAUCCGCCAUACGGAUAUUACCAAUACUACACUUAUGCAAAUAUGACGGUCCUCAAUCAAUUUAGAGCAGAACAAGGCUUCAAUACAUUUGUCCUGAGACCUCACUGCGGCGAGGCAGGACCCAUUCAACAUCUUGUGUGUGGCUACAUGAUGGCGGAGAAUAUUUCACAUGGCCUACUGCUCAGAAAAGUUCCCGUGCUCCAAUAUUUGUAUUACCUUACGCAAAUCGGCAUCGCGAUGUCGCCGCUCAGUAACAACUCGCUUUUCCUGAACUAUCACCGUAAUCCACUUCCAGAAUACCUUGCUAGAGGGCUAUGUGUAAGCUUGUCCACGGACGAUCCUCUUCAGUUUCAUUUUACCAAGGAACCCCUGAUGGAAGAAUAUAGUAUUGCUGCGCAAGUGUGGAAACUCAGUUCGUGUGACAUGUGUGAGCUAGCACGCAAUUCCGUUAUUAUGAGUGGCUUUCCUCAUAAGAGUAAGCAGUACUGGUUAGGACCUAACUAUACGAAGGAAGGAGUCGCUGGUAACGAUAUCACUCGAACCAACGUACCAGACAUACGAGUGGCCUACCGAUAUGAAACCUUGGUUGACGAACUGUCCAAUAUCUUCAAGGUCGUGGAGAAACCCGAGUCACUUCUUUUUAACACAACAUUUUGUUAAUAACCAAUUAUUUGAUUCUCAAAAUCGAUGGGUUGAUUAACGUGAAAUGAUGUUCAACUCAAAGAUCGACAAAUUAUGAUUAUACAUAUUCGAUUUAUUCUUGUGAUUCCUGAUCUUUUAGAACUUUACAUAAUGUUUUUUUUAACAUUACGAAUUCACAAGCAAAUUAUUUUUUUCUUUUUUACAUAAUUAUCAAUCUUUUCCCCUUGACACAUCAAGAAUAUAAUUCGACGAUAAAACUUGAACAACAUUGAUCAAAUGUUUUAGAUGAAGUACAUACAAUAUCAAAAAUGAUAUUAAAUAUGUAUUUUAUAUCAGACUUUCCACAUGUGCUUGAGAUCUGUAUCGCAUGACAUGAAGGAGUGAUUAUAGAUAAAUAAAGGGCCAGGUGCGAUUUCGUUAGGUCAUUAAUUAAUUAAUUAAUUUUGUACUAAAUUAUGGAAUCAGUUUCUAAAUUGAGAUUUCAUAAUAUAGUAUAAAAAUCUAUUUGUUAGUGAGACAAAGUGUGUGUGAAUUUUAUGUAUGUAUAUUUUAUGUACGUUCAUUGUCUUGCAUCUUUUUUUUAAGACUUUAAUCGCAAGAAUAAAUCAGAAAUUAUACAUAUACGUUGACCAAUUUAAUAGUAGUUGUAAGAAGAUAUUUCUUCUAUCGUUGCAACGUUUAUAAUACACAUUAGUAUACGUAUUGUAAUAUGAAACUAGAUUAGAGCCGAAUAUUAUAUUCAUUUACCUUAACGUUAAACUCGUGGUAAAAUAAAUCCGUUUUUCAUAUCUCGGCUGUGCACGGCGACAGCGGCGUACUCCUUUCUUGGAUUUUAGCUUUAUUUUCUUACAUUUUUGUACAUUUAUAUCAUAAUCGAGUAUGAUGUUUGUUUCGACGAGCAUUCAAAUAGCUGGCUCGUAUGCGGAUAGUUAACUCGUGCCAUUGUACAUCCUUCUUUCCACAAAUAGAUAAUGUAAAUAGGAAAUUAGUUUAAUUAGAUGUAAUUAAGAUCUUUUACGAGCUGUACAUGCGUGCCAAGGUAUAACGCGGCGAUAUAAACGUUCGUUUCUCAUUAUUUUAACGUCGUGACUCUUUACCGUUUUUUGCGUCUACCAUUUUCCGAGAGAACUUUCCGAACAACGAGCCUAAGGGAUUUAAAUUAAGCGAUAUAUGAUCAUCUAUAACACUCGAACACUGUGCCCUGAUAUCGAAUUUAAAUUGAAUUGUUGCUAGAUAGAAAGAUAUAUAUUUAUUGUAAAAAAAAUAUAUACUAUACAACGGAAAUAUACUUGCAUCGUUAAAAUCGAA